UUUCCCUUUCUGUAGAUGCUGCUAUUGUGGACCUUCUCGCUGCUUCUGGGAACAGUAAUAGGAAGCGAAGUCUGCUAUGAUAGACUUGGCUGCUUCAGCGAUGAUAGUCCAUGGGCAGGCAUUCUGGAAAGACCCCUGAAAUCCCUGCCCUGGAGCCCCUCGGCCAUCAAUACCCGCUUCCUUCUAUACACUAAUGAGAACCCAAGCAACUACCAAAUUGUUACUGCUGAUUCAUCAGCUAUCAAGAGCUCCAACUUCAGAACAGAUAGGAAAACCCGCUUCAUUAUUCAUGGAUUCAUAGAUAAGGGAGAAGAAAAUUGGCUGGCCAACAUGUGCAAGGCCAUGAUUCAGGUGGAAAGUGUGAACUGCAUCUGUGUGGACUGGAAAGGGGGCUCCCGAGCUUUGUACACCCAGGCUUCACAGAAUGUCCGUGUCGUGGGGGCGGAAGUGGCCUAUUUCGUUGAUGUCCUUCAGUCUCAGCUGGGAUACUCGCCUUCCAACGUCCACGUCAUAGGCCACAGUCUGGGUUCUCACGCUGCUGGGGAGGCUGGAAGGAGGACCAAGGGGGCCAUCGGGCGAAUCACAGGGUUGGAUCCAGCUGAACCUUACUUUCAGGGUGCCCCUGAACUAGUCCGAUUGGAUCCCAGUGAUGCCCAAUUUGUGGAUGUAAUUCACACAGAUGGUGCCCCAAUAGUCCCCAAUUUGGGAUUUGGAAUGAGCCAAACUGUGGGUCACCUGGAUUUCUUUCCAAAUGGAGGGGUGGAAAUGCCUGGAUGUCAGAAGAACAUUAUCUCUCAGAUUGUUGACAUAGAUGGAAUCUGGGAAGGGAGUCGGGACUUUGCAGCCUGUAAUCACUUAAGAAGCUACAAGUAUUACACUGACAGCAUCCUCAACCCUACUGGCUUUGCUGGAUUCUCUUGUGCCUCUUACAAUACUUUCUCUUCAAAUAAGUGCUUUCCCUGUUCAAGUGGAGGAUGCCCACAGAUGGGUCACUAUGCUGACAGAUUUUCUGGGAAAACAAAUGAACAGUUCCAGAGAUUUUACCUCAAUACUGGUGAUACAAGUAAUUUUUCACGUUGGAGGUAUCAGGUGGCAGUCACACUGUCGGGACAGAAGGUUUCCGGACAUGUGCUGGUUUCUUUGUAUGGAAAUUGGGGAAACUCUAAACAGUAUGAAAUUUACAAGGGCUCUCUUCAGCCAGGAAGCAGUCAUGUUAAUCAGAUUGAUUCUGAUGUGGAUGUCGGGGACGUACAGAAGGUUAAAUUUAUUUGGUACAACAAUGUGAUCAACCCAACCCUGCCCAAAGUGGGAGCAUCUAGCAUCACAGUGACAAGAAACGAUGGGAGAGUGUUCAACUUCUGCAGUCAGAACACUGUGAGGGAGGAGGUUCUGCUCACCCUCACCCCGUGUUAG